AUGGAGAGGCAAUUGCUACUAAGGGUCUCAGGAAAGGGGGAACCCGUUGUGAGUUGCUCUUAUGGCCAGGGCGUUCUCACACUGCCCUCGCUUCCCGUUUACGAUGGUUAUGAUGAGAGUUCGCCGCUUUUUACGGUUAAACUUGUCAUCCCUGGUGGUUCUCCAGUGGCCCGUGAUGGGCUUGUAUGGACCAACUGCCCUGUCGAUGCCAAAACGCCAUUUGUUCGCGACAAAUUCAACAAAAAAGAGAUCAAGGCCACAUUCCACCAGGAUCACCACGUGGAGCUUCCCGUUUUUAGGCCCGGUCCUUUUUGUUUCUACUUUUCCUUUCGUAAUGAUCGCGACGAGCUUGAAACAACUCGUCGAUUUUACUUUGUUGUUCCUCCUAGCUUAUACAUUGAUGACCGUUAUAUUCCCUUAAACUCACUGACAAUGCAAAGCGUUGUCUCAAAGUGGAUGGGCAGUGAUUGGGACAAGAUUUUUGGCAAGAUUGCGUCGAAAGGUUAUAAUUUAAUCCAUUUUACACCUCUGCAAAAGCGUGGCGACUCCAAUUCACCCUAUUCGAUAUACGACCAACUCGAGUUCGAUCCUGCUUUUUUCCCCAACAACAUUGAUGAUGUCUCCAAGAUGGUUCUUAAGUUGCACAAGGAACAUGGAAUUCUUGCCAUGACUGACGUUGUCCUCAACCAUACUGCAAACAACUCUCCAUGGCUUAGAGAGCACCCGGACUCUGGUUACAACCACAAAACUGCCCCUCACUUGAUUUCGGCAAUGGAGCUUGACAAGCAAUUGCUCGAAUUCAGCGGGAAACUGAGGCAGCUUGGCUACCCCACGGAAUUGAAUUCAACGCAUGAUCUUUUCAAAAUUAUGGAUGGAAUCAAAAUUCAUGUACUUGGCUCUUUGAAAUUGUGGGAGUAUUAUGUCAUUGAUGCCAAUCAAGCUUUAGAUAUGGUAAAGAAUGAUUGGAGACAGGCUUCUCACGACCAAGUUGAAAUUCCCGACAGUGCCAAAAACGAUUUGGUUGAGUUGGCGAAUUUUAUUCGUGACAGCGCUUCUUGUGAAAAUUUUGGUCAUUUAGGUGAACGCUUCUCGAACAGGCUUGAAGGAUCUAAGUUUGUUGCUAUCCUGAAAACCCUAUAUGGUUUCGAGCUAAAUGAUGCCGUCUUGGAGGAAGCGCAAAAGAUUGUUGAUGAAAUAAAUUUGCCUCUGUACCGAGAGUAUGAUGAAGACAUUGGUGACAUCCUUGAACAGCUUUUCAAUCGGAUCAAAUACUUGAGGGUGGACGACCAUGGCCCCAAACUUGGCCCUGUUACCGACAAAUCGCCGCUUACUGAACCUUACUUUACCCGUUUUAAUGGCAGUGACGGAGAGGAGUACGCCUUGGCCAAUAAUGGCUGGAUUUGGAAUGGAAAUCCAUUAGUUGACUUCGCAUCCUCUCAAUCAAAAGCUUACCUGAGGCGCGAAGUUAUUGUUUGGGGGGACUGUGUUAAGCUUAGGUAUGGGGCCAAACCCGAAGACUCACCGUUUUUGUGGAAAAAAAUGUCUGAGUACAUUGAAACUUGUGCUAAGCUGUUUGAUGGGUUCAGAAUAGACAAUUGCCAUUCAACACCUUUACAUGUGGGCGAGUAUUAUCUGGAUUUAGCAAGGAGGCACAAACCCAACCUAUAUGUUGCUGCAGAGCUGUUCUCCGGGUCCGAGGCCAUGGACUGCUUGUUUGUGGAGAGACUUGGAACAUCUUCUUUGAUAAGAGAGGCUAUGCAGGCGUGGUCUGAAGAAGAAUUGUCAAGGCUUGUCCAUAGACACGGAGGAAGACCAAUUGGCUCAUAUAAGUUUAUGCCUUUGGAUGAUUUUGCCUACCCCACGAACAGGCAAGUUGAAGAGUUCCAUAUCCAUAACGCCAAGCGCGUAUCGGAGGUCAAUAUUCCAAAGAAUUUAACUGCCACACCGCCUCAUGCACUAUUUAUGGACUGUACACACGAUAACGAGACGCCAUUUCAAAAGAGGACUUUAGAAGAUACAUUACCAAAUGCUGCGUUAGUUAGUUUCUGCUCAUCGGCCAUCGGAUCUGUUUAUGGAUAUGAUGAAUGCUUUCCCUACCUAUUGGAUGUGGUAGGCGAGGCAAGAACCUACGACGUGACUGCCAAUGACGGCAUCUCAGUAGCUAGAGCGCAGCUGCACAAAAUUAGAGACGAAAUUGCUCAAGGUAGCGCUGACAUUGAAGAUUCUGAAAUGCAUGUUCACCACGAAGGUCAAUAUAUCACUUUCCAGAGAAAUAAUGCCAAAAACGGAAGCGGGUGGUUUUUGGUAGCGCGGACAAAGUUUGGUGAGAAAGGUGAGCAAAAGCUACCCAAAAUCAAAUUCACCGGAUCUCGUUGUGAGUUCAGCUUUGCAUAUUCUUUACUCAAAGCUGGAGGAGUUCCUGAAGACAAAAAUAUAAUCAAAGGCAUUCCUAGCAAGCUAGAAGAAUUAUCAGGGUUUAAAGUCGACUAUAACGAAGACUUAGGAGAGUCUACUAUAGAAAUUACUGACAGCUUUCCCCAGGGAUCAAUAGCCGUAUUCAAGACGCAACAGAAUGGUAUUGAUGAAACACUUCUGAAGUUUCUCACAACUGGUGCCUUGAAGGCAUCUGAACAAUUGAAUCUUUACUCCCUCAAUGGGUUACUGUACCGGUGUGAUGCAGAGGAGCGCGAUAUAAGUGCAGGAAGUUCCGGGGUUUACGAUGUUCCUGACUUUGGGCGACUGACGUAUUGCGGCCUCCAAGGCUGGGUUAGCGUGUUACGCAAGAUAAUCUUUUCGAAUGAUCUAGCUCACCCCAUGAGCAACCAUUUGAGAAGUGGUCACUGGGCGCUUGAUUAUGUCGUUCAAAGGCUAGAAAACUACAAGGAGCAGCCAGGAAUAUCUGAGAUGCAAGCGUGGCUUGCGUCUCGGUUUGAUCGGGUCAAGAAGCUACCAUCAUUUUUGGUACCAACUUAUUUCGCAUUGGUUAUCGGAAUUGCGUAUCAGUGCUGCAGAUUCAGAGCUAUUCAAAAUAUGCCUGAGAACGUUGGGUCCUCAACAAGAUUUGUUCAGAGCUUAGCAUUGACUUCGGUUCAGAUGUUGUCCGAGAUGCGUUCGACUUCUCUCAUCCCUGAGAAGAAUGUACCAUGUAUGGCUGCAGGACUCCCUCAUUUUUCCACUGACUACAUGAGGUGCUGGGGCAGAGAUGUUUUUAUAUCACUUCGAGGUCUACUUCUCACGACAGCUCGAUUUGACGACGCUAAGCAACAUAUCUUAGCAUUUGCAAGGACCCUGAAGCAUGGCUUAAUCCCCAACCUUUUGGAUGCAGGCCGGAACCCUCGUUACAAUGCGCGCGAUGCCACAUGGCUUUUCAUACAAUCCAUCCAAGAUUACGUGAAAAUGGCGCCCGAUGGAGAAUCCAUUUUACGUGAAAAGAUUCCAAGGCGUUUCCCGCUCGAUGAUACUUAUAUCACCGUGGAUGACCCUCGUGCUUUCUCUUAUGAAACCAGUAUUGAAGACAUCAUUUUCGAAAUCCUUUCCAGACAUGCCAAGGGCAUCAGUUACCGGGAAGCUAAUGCUGGCCCUCAGCUGGACAGAGUCAUGAGCGAUCGAGGGUUUGACGUCAAGAUUCAUGUGGACUGGUCGACAGGUUUAAUUCAUGGAGGUUCCCAGUACAACUGUGGCACCUGGAUGGAUAAAAUGGGAGAAAGCGAAAAAGCAGGCUCCUUUGGAGUUCCCGGUACUCCAAGGGACGGAGCUGCCGUUGAAAUUAGCGGCCUUCUGAAGAGCGCCUUGAGGUUCGUCUUGGAAUUGCACGAGAAAAAGCUCUUUAAAUACACUAAAGUUGAAAAGGAAGACGGGAGCCAGGUCACUUUCAAGGAAUGGAACAACUUGGUUCAAGAGAACUUUGAAGCAAAAUACUUUGUACCAUCGGAUCCUUCAAAAGAUUCGGAGUAUGACAUUGAUGAAACUUUAGUCAACAGAAGGGGCAUAUACAAGGACCUGUACAAGGCUGGAAAGCCUUAUGAAGACUACCAAUUAAGGCCAAAUUUCGCCAUUGCUAUGACUGUUGCUCCAGAGCUGUUCACUCCCGAACUUGCGCUCCAGGCGCUUGAUAACGCUGACCGCAUAAUUCGCGGUCCUGUGGGUAUGCGGACUCUCGAUCCCAGUGAUUACAACUAUCGCCCCAACUAUAACAAUGGAGAGGAUUCGGCCGAUUUUGCGACCUCGAAAGGUAGGAACUAUCACCAAGGCCCUGAAUGGGUGUGGUGCUAUGGCUACUUUAUGCGCGCCUUUUACAGGUUUCAUCUCGCGGCUGAUGCGCGCUGCCAAAGCAAAGGCAGCUCCAAGCCAUCCUCCUACCUUUACCAGCAGCUGUAUAACAGAUUCGAAGGCCAGCGCAAUUUUAUCUAUGGCAGUCCCUGGGCUGGCUUGACAGAACUCACUAACAAGGACGGCGCGCUAUGCUCCGAUUCGAGCCCUACACAAGCCUGGAGCUCUGCAACUACUUUGGAUUUCUUUUACGAUUUAUGGGAACAUUGA